AAAGGAGACUCUUGGGCCGAAGGAACAAACGGCAGGCAGCAGGCAGGCAGGCAGCGUCUGCGCAGCUCGUGACUCAAAGAUGGCAAACUCCUUCACGCGCCUGAUGUCGGGGCGCAACACCGCCGCCCUGCUGACCACCUUGGGGGCGGGCACCGUGGCGACCGGCUUCCUGUUACGCGACGGCAAUUCUUUGGCGGCCGAGGCGCGGAAGAAGCUCUAUCCUCCCAGCUCCGACUUUCCUGACCUUCGCAAGCACAACAACUGCAUGGCCAUGGCGCUGACACCUGCCAUUUAUGGCAAACUGCGUGACAAGGUCACCCCCAACAACUGGACCUUGGACCAGUGCAUCCAAACGGGCGUGGACAACCCCGGACACCCGUUCAUCAAAACCGUGGGCUGCGUGGCCGGUGACGAGGAGAGCUAUGAGGUAUUUGCCGAUCUCUUUGACCCGGUCAUCAAGGACCGCCACAACGGCUACGACCCCGGAACCAUGAUGCACCCCACCGACCUGGACGCCUCCAAGCUGAGCGGCGGCAUGUUUGACGAGAAGUACGUGCUGUCGUCCCGCGUGCGCACGGGUCGCAGCAUCCGCGGCCUCAGCCUGCCUCCCGCCUGCAGCCGGGCCGAGCGCCGCGAGGUGGAGCGCGUGGCCGUCACGGCGCUGGCCGGCCUCAAGGGGGACCUGGCGGGCCGCUACUACAGUCUGGGAGAGAUGACCGAGCGCGAGCAGCAGCAGCUCAUCGACGACCACUUCCUCUUUGACAAGCCCGUGUCUCCUUUACUUACCUCGGCCUUCAUGGCCCGAGACUGGCCUGACGCCAGGGGUAUCUGGCACAACAACGAGAAGACCUUCCUGAUCUGGAUCAAUGAAGAGGACCACACCAGAGUCAUCUCCAUGGAGAAGGGGGGCAACAUGAAGAGGGUCUUUGAGAGAUUCUGCAGGGGACUAAAGCAGGUGGAACAUCUGAUCCAGGAGAGGGGCUGGGAGUUUAUGUGGAAUGAGCAUCUGGGCUACAUCCUCACCUGCCCUUCCAACCUGGGCACGGGCCUCAGGGCAGGCGUGCAUGUGCGCCUUCCCAAACUCAGCAAGGAUCCUCGCUUCUCCAAGAUCCUGGACAACCUGCGUCUCCAGAAAAGGGGCACGGGCGGCGUGGACACGGCGGCCACGGGCGACACCUUUGACAUCUCCAAUAACGACCGUUUGGGCAAGUCAGAGGUGGAGCUGGUGCAGCUGGUGGUGGACGGCGUCAACUACCUGAUCGAGUGCGAGAAGCGGCUGGAGAAGGGCCAGGACAUCAAGGUUCCGGCUCCCAUCGCCAUGUUUCGCUAAUGGAGCUAAUUUUGCGCGUCAGUAAAAGCACUCUCCAACAUGCUUGACCUUG